GCUGUGUGGAAUACAGAAUUCACACAGUGCGAGAGAGCCACACACACUGGAGUCAGGGUACGGAAUGUGUGUGUGUGUGUGUUCCUGUGGGAGAGAGAGAGCUGACUAAACACAGGAGCCAGGGUUGCAGUUCACAAGAUCCACACAGAGCGUCGUCCUCUCACCUGUGGAGCGAAGAGUGAAUUGGAGAUGGAAAGCCGCCCCCGUUCCAAUGACCAAAUAGGAGCGAGCGAGUGUGCCCACGCGCUGAAUGCAUAGGCUAUUUUCAGUGAAUGUUCUAAGGAUUCGAUGACUUUACAUUUUUUGUGUUUUGAGUGAAGGUACGUUUGGAUUUAUAAUUUCUACGCUGUCCGUAUUUAUUUUGUGUUUCUCACCUGGAUCUUACCACUAAAAGCUCAAUGGAAAGGUAAAAGGACACAGUGCCUACCAAGAAAAACACUCGUAUCCAAAAGAUCCAACAAGUGGAUGAACGAAUAUUCUGCCUCUGGACUAAUGACUGGACUAAAACAACGGAUUAAGCGUCUUUGAAUGAUCUCAUUGUCUUUGGAUUGUAUCUGUUUGUCUUCUAACCCAGUGAGAGAAACCGCUGCUCCUUUUCAUCUGCACUGACAUCUCACUGGCGGUGUGUCUCAGCAGAUGGAGCCACCGUGAUGUGUUUAGUCUUGUUCAGCAAAUAGCCUGUAUAAGUGUGACAAUUUAGGCAAUUAAUUCAACUUGAUUGUCAAUUAAUUUCCUCAACCCAGGCUAGAUAUAUCUCGCAAUUUGUGUAACAAGUAACUGUCAAGUAUCCAGAUAAAGAAAAAGGACACACAGUGACAACGUCAAAUUUAUAUAUAGGCUUUCACGGAUCCUCUCCUCUCUUUUGCUUCUCAAAUCUGGGACCACAUCUGUUCCUUUCUAUUCAUGGACUUGAUCUUCCGCACCCUGUUUGAAACUGGGGAAAAGUUGUGAGUGACUCUCUUGAACUCUCCCUUAUAUGAAGAUCAGGGCACAGGUGGCAGCCCCAGACCGUCACCGCAGCCAUGCCUAUCAUGCAUCCAAUCACCUCCAAUUUGAUGUACCGGGGCAUCUGCACCAUCCCAGACAUGCUCGCCUACCGAGCCCCGGUCAACCUGCCUGAGGACGAGGUGGAAGGUGAGAAGGAGAGUUUACCUGUUUUGUUCCCAGAGAUCCGCGAGGCGUUCAAGGUAUUUGACCGUGAUGGGAAUGGCUUCAUCUCGAAGCAAGAGCUGGGCAUGGCCAUGAGGUCUCUGGGGUACAUGCCCAAUGAGGUGGAGCUGGAGGUCAUCAUACAGAGACUGGACAUGGACGGUGAUGGUCAGGUGGAUUUCGAAGAGUUUGUCACUCUCCUCGGACCCAAGCUGACAGCAGCCGGAAUGCCAGACAAGUUCCAUGGAACAGACUUUGACUCUGUGUUCUGGAAGACUGACAUGCAGAAGCUGACGGUAGAGGAGCUGAAGAGGCUGCUGUACGAUACAUUCUCCGACCACCUUACCAUGAAGGAUAUCGAGAACAUCAUCAUGACCGAGGAGAGCCACAUAGCGAACCCAGGGGCCUGCCAGGUGGAUAUAGACACAGCUAGUCCAACGCAGCAAGUCAAGCAGACGUGUGUACGCAAGAGCCUGAUAUGUGCUUUUGCCAUCGCUUUCAUCAUCAGCGUCAUGCUUAUCGCAGCCAAUCAGGUGCUUCGGAGCGGCAUGAAGUAGACGGGGGCGUUCAUGGCCUCCUAGCCCUCUGAAAGAGACUGCUGUAAGACACCUGGACAAAUGACUGAGAAAAAACAGCUCAACAACAACAGACAAUUAAUCCACCAUCUAAAUAAACUGACAGAAAGGCAUGGCUCUCAUCCAAAUGACUUCAUGGGCAUAUUUCCCAACAUGCUCCUUUAUAUCCUUUCUGAAUGGAACCCAUUGAGACCCUUAACUAUGGUGGCCUGGAGGGUUGACCAUCAUCUGUGCAUGAAGUGCAUGGAUUUAACCAGUCGUCUCUUGAAACAUUUGUAGAGGUUAUUAUCAGUGUAUAUCCAUAUGACUGUGUAACAAACAGAGGUGUGUCAUUAUUAACUUAUGGUGAACCAACUGUGACCAACUUUGCUAAUAGGGUCGCGGGUCAAGGGGUCAGUGGCGGGAAUGAACAAUGGGUUUUACAUCUGUACUGUGUAUCAAACAACAACAAACAAACAACAACAAACAAGUUAAUAUUUCAUAAUAAAUGUAUAUUUCACAGUUCUGCAUGAUCAAAAGGGCUGUUUAGUGGACUACAUGAUCAUAUUGUAAAAGUAGUUUUUGGACAACUGUUCUUAUUGACAUACUGUGGACUAUUAGCUUCACUGAGCACCCCAUAACGAUCACAACAUAUCUCACAGCCAUAACGAUCACAACAUAUCUCACAGCCAUAACGAUCACAACAUAUCUCACAGCCAUAACGAUCACAAUAUAUCUCACUGCCAUAAGGAUCAUAACAUAUGUCACUGCCAUAAGGAUCCCAACAUAUCUCACUGCCAUUGAAAAACCAACAACUCAGACGUGAUGGGUGUUGUAUUAGCAUAUCACUGAGAAAUCAUACAGUAUUUGCUUGAUAUGUGACAUAUAUGCAUAAUAACAUUAUAAUAGAGAUGUCUGCUCUGUACACGGGGAAUAUGAUGAAUGUGAUGGAAUGUAUACACUGCUAUAUUAGGCAAUAUAUCACGAGUAUACAUCUCACAUGUGAUAUCGCCGGCUAGACAUGUUCAAUAUAGACCUUUAGGCUCAUCCAUGAGGAAGCUCUGCUCUGGAGAAUUGAAGCAGGAGCAAUAACCUUCAAUCCACUUCCAUGCCUUGGUAGCUCCUUGUUGUCCUUGGGAUGCAAGACUCUUGCUAUGGCGACUUUGAACAUACCAUAGCAAUAUAUUCUAGCUUGUUUGUUUUUUUUAAUUAAAAAGUAAUGACAGUCACACUAGAUAAAAGAACCAGGAAGCACUUUCAUCUUAAAGACACUUCUGAAACCAGGUUUCUAUCCUAUGUCUCAUUCUGGGACACAGACUUGCUAUACUGAUCAUCAAAUGGCCUGUGAAGCCCUGCAAUAAAGCACUAAUCCAACUCUGGGCAAUAUUUCCACCAUUGCUGUUCCAGCGCUCUUUAGAGUGUUGUGCAUGAUUGCCAGUGACAUCUUGGAAUACUGAUAAUCUCUAUACAUCUAUAUAAUACACAUUUUGACCAAAGCUAUGAAAGUCAACCAUUGUGUGGAGUAAAUGGCUCUCAGAAUGGAGGAGAGAGAACAGUAAAACAAGUCAAUGGAAAAGCACACCAUUUUUUAAUGUAGUUGCCAAAUGAAAGGGACACUUGAAUAGCUCAUCAAUAUGUAUUGUUGUUGGAAUACUAAAAUAGUCAUGAUGUCUUCUAUUAGAUUUGUUGUAAAGAAACUAAUAGGACAAGUAUAAUACAAUGCACUGGAGAGAUGAAAAAAAAAAGAACUAAAAGAUAAAUGCCCUUCACUAAAAUACUGACAUCUGUUUUGGAGGCGGAGGACUUUUUGUAAUGUAACGGAAGGUACCCUAGUGGUUAGAGCGUUGGGCCAGUAAUCGAAAGGUUGAUAGAUCAAACCAGGCAGUUAACCCACUGUUCCUAGGCCGUCAUUUUAAAUAAGAAUUUGUUCUUAUCUGACUUUCCUAGUUAAAUAAAACCUACUGUAUUGGACUAUUAGGUUUUACACGAUUGAGCACACCAAUAUUUUGGUGGUACAAUUCAGCAACCGGGUGAUGGAAUUAUGAUUACUGUCCUGUCUAAAAACAGUCAAGACAGAUAACAAUUAUCUCAUUUUGCUGAGCGUUUUGUUAAAAGCAGCAAGGUCGCAGUAAGGUUGCAGCAAGGUCACAGAGGACGUAAUACAAUUGCACAUUGUCAAUUCACCGUACUGUAAACAGAUAGCUUUGUUUUCAUUUUGCACUUUAUAAUAUGGUGUAGAUGUGCACAACGAUAAUACACCGCCAUUAUGAUUGUGUUCAAUUUCAAAACAUACUGUACAUACGUCUUGAAUGGUUACAGUAUUGUAUAUACAUUUUCCUUACAUCUUCAGAAAAGAUGGGAGUAGAUGAUAGAUAACUGAUAUAUGAACCCACUUCAUCUGUUGUUGGUACAUUUUGUAUCAGCUUGGGUGACACUAAUAUGUCAGCUUGGGUGACACUAACAUGCCAGCUUGGGUGACACUAAUAUGUCAGCUUGGGUGACACUAAUAUGUCAGCUUGGGUGAUACUAAUAUGUCAGCUUGGGUGACACUAAAAUGUCAGCUUGGGUGACACUAAUAUGUCAGCUUGGGUGACACUAAUAUGUCAGCUUGGGUGACACCAAAAUGUCAGCUUGGGUGACACUAAUAUGUGAGCUUGGGUGACACUAAUAUGUGAGCUUGGGUGACACUAAUAUGUCAGCUUGGGUGAUACUAAUAUGUCAGCUUGGGUGAUACUAAUAUGUCAGUUUGGGUGACACUAAUAUGUCAGCUUGGGUGACACUAAAAUGUCAGCUUGGGUGACACUAAUAUGUCAGCUUGGGUGAUACUAAUAUGUUAGCUUGGGUGACACUAAAAUGUCAGCUUGGGUGACACUAAUAUGUCAGCUUGGGUGGCACUAAUAUGUCGGCUUGGGUGACACUAAUAUGUCAGCUUGGGUGACACUAAUAUGUCAGCUUGGGUGACACUAAUAUGUCAGCUUUGGUGAUACUAAUAUGUCAGCUUGGGUGAUACUAAUAUGUCAGUUUGGGUGACACACAAAACAUCAGCUUGGGUGACACUAAUAUGUCAGCUUGGGUGAUACUAAUAUGUCAGUUUGGGCGACACUAAUAUGUCAGCUUGGGUGAUACUAAUAUGUCAGCUAGGGUGAUACUAAUAUGUCAGCUUGGGUGACACUAAUAUGUCAGUUUGGGUGACACUAAUAUGUCAGCUUGGGUGAUACUAAUAUGUCAGUUUGGGUGACACUAAAACGUCAGCUUGGGUGACACUAAUAUGUCAGCUUGGGUGAUACUAAUAUGUCAGUCUGGGCGACACUAAUAUGUCUGCUUGGGUGAUACUAAUAUGUCAGCUAGGGUGAUACUAAUAUGUCAGCUUGGGUGACACUAAUAUGUCAGUUUGGGCGACACUAAAAUGUCAGCUUGGGUGACACUAAUAUGUCAGCUUGGGUGAUACUAAUAUGUCAGUUUUGGUGAAACUAAUAUGUCAGCUUGGGUGAUACUAAUAUGUCAGCUUGGGUGACACUAAUAUGUCAGCUAGGGUGAUACUAAUAUGUCAGCUUGGGUGACACUAAUAUGUCAGCUUGGGUGACACUAAUAUGUCAGCUUGGGUGAUACUAAUAUGUCAGCUUGGGUGAUACUAAUAUGUCAGCUUGGCUGACACUUGGCUACAAUGGUUAAAUAUCAUUACUUUUGGCAUAUUCUAAUGAGAUCAUUUUGCCGUUUGAAACAGAGGGUGUUGAGAAUGUUGUUCCAUGAUCUAAUACUUUGCCUUAUACUCUGAGACAUGAAACACUCCAAGACAUGUUUAUUAUCAAAGCAAAGCUAUACAAAAAUAUAAAGACCAAUCAAAUAUUUAUUUUCUUUUUACAGAUGAAACAAAACAUAUUGUAUUGAAAAUGUUGAUAGUUUACUGAAUGUUAAAGUUCUAUUAAUUGUACUUUGAUACUUUAUGUCUCAAAAACGAUGUUAUAUUAUCCACCCGCUGUGACAUAUGUUCAUUGAUCACACCAUAUGUACCUGUCUGUCUGUGGAAUGGUAUUUCACAUAAAUAAAAGUAUAUUGGCGCAA